AUGGGGAAUAAAGGAAGUAGCUCCCGUCGAUACAACGUCGGAGCCAAACGCGAUCACGACAGCCUCGGUCACUCUUUCAGCUAUAUCCGACCGGUUCUCGACGGAUCAAGAACCUCUUUCACGCAGGAAUCGUCUCUCCAACCCGACCCGAUCCCCGGAACCACGACAACAUUUCGUUCUAUCUCCGGCGCCUCCGUUAGCGCCAAUAACUCAACGUCUCUCUCUGCCUCUCUCUCAACAGAGGUUUCGUUAGAGGCUUCAGGGUUCGAGAGCUCUAAUAAGUUCGCUUCUUUCCCGCUUCAUCCCGUGCCACGUGGCCCGACAAAGAGUCCGUUCGAGCGCCGGUUCUUGUCCGGUCCGAUUGAAACCGGUUUGGUCGGGAAGAAAAAAAAGAUAAGUGGAAAAAAAUCGUUUUCGAAACCUAAACCUAAUAAUAAAAGACUUUUUACAUUCAAAACCAUUUUCAAGAAGUUGUCUAACAAUCUAGCACGAUCGAAGAAGAGUGUGAUUGAACCAAUCAACAGUUUCAAUUCAUCUCAAGGAGCAUCAGCUUCUUGUCAACACAAACCUGAGAUCAUUGACUCAAGCACAAGCAACAUUCUGAGUAGCCAAGAGAGCCCUAGAACCAAAGAAGUAGAAGAUGAAGAUGAAGAAGAAGAGGAGAUGAGUGAGGCUUCUUUAGAGGAGCCAAAGAUUCAAUGGGCGCAGGGGAAAGCAGGGGAAGAUCGAGUACACGUCAUCUUAUCUGAGGAAAACGGUUGGCUUUUCGUUGGGAUUUACGACGGAUUCAACGGUCCAGAUCCACCCGAUUAUCUUCUCAACAAUCUUUACACCGCCGUGCUCAAAGAGCUCAAAGGUUUGCUAUGGGACGACGAUAACUCCGAUGAUCUUGCGUCCCAGAGCAAGAAACAGAGUACACUGGAAGAAAUAACUGAUGCUUGUGACUCAAGAAACAUAGCUGAGGAUGUGAAGAAGCUGCAAUGGAGGUACGCUUCGAAACAGAAUCACCACAAAGAAGCUGACUCGGAGAUGAUUAACCACAGAGACGUGCUAAAAGCUCUUGAACAAGCGUUGAUGAAAACAGAGGAAGCGUUUGAUCUAACGGUUGAUGAGAAUCCAGUAUUAGCAUUGAUGGGAUCAUGCGUACUUGUGACGUUAAUGAAAGGUGAAGACGUUUACGUGAUGAGUGUUGGAGAUAGCCGAGCGGUUUUGGCUCAGAGAGCUUAUCUUGGGCGUAAGAAGAUGCCAAAUGAUCUCCAGAGAAUCAAGGAAGAGAGUCCAUUGAAGAACUGUUUGGUUGGAGAAAAAAGAGUGAGUCUUCUGGUUCCUGUUCAGCUCAAUAUGGAACACAGCACAAACGUUCAAGAGGAAGUGAGAAGAAUCAGGAAUGAACAUUCUGAUGAUCCAUUGGCGAUAGACAAUGGUAGAGUGAAAGGUUAUCUCAAGGUCACUCGUGCAUUUGGCGCUGGAUUUCUCAAACAAUUCCUUAUCCUCUCUUCUGAUGGACUUUACGAAUACUUCUCAAAUGAGGAAGUCAUCUUCGAGGUCGAGUCUUUCAUCUCAGCCUUCCCUGAAGGUGAUCCUGCUCAGCAUCUCAUCCAAGAAGUCCUCCUUAGAGCUGCCAGAAAAUAUGGUAUGGACUUCCAUGAAUUGUUGGAGAUACCCCAAGGAGAUCGUCGCAGGUAUCAUGACGAUGUUUCUGUCAUUGUGAUUUCACUUGAAGGAAGAAUUUGGAAAUCUUCUAUGUGA